GACGGAAGGGAUCUUGCUCAGUUCCAUCCACAGCUCCUUCAGCAUGAUUUAGCUCUGUACAUUAUAAUAACUAUGGGCUCCUUACUGCAAACAUCUGUCUUUUUUUGUCUUUCAGUUGGAUUUUUAUGUUUACCAGAAAACUCUGAUGCCUCUGCCUUUACAGGCAACGACCUCCCUGCGCAAUGUCAAUUUGUUUUCAGAAAUGUCUGUUUUGAGUUUGUUAGGGGAUCUGAAACCUGGUCCCAAGCCAGGAGCAGCUGUGCAAUCCGAGGAGGGGAUCUCUUAAAGGUGAUGAACAUCCCAAUCAAAAUGUUCCUGAAGAACAUCACCAGAGAGGGAAACAUCAGCAACUUCACCUGGUGGCUGGGGGAGGGGGUCCAAGGUCAGCACCAGGAACCCACCUUAAGAAACGCUGAAGUUUCAAAGGAAAACUGUACCUACAUAAAGUUCGAUCCUUUUCAGCUCAUCUUAUCACCCGACUGCAACCACAGACGAGGAUUUCUCUGCACGCACAAUGAGUUGUCUGCCUCAAACACAAAGAGCACAAUGGUUUCAAGACAUGCAACCAGAUUGCGACCCAAAAGGAGUAGCUUAUCUGACAUGCUAUCGUCUGUUGCAAAUAUUGAUAAACUUCUCGUGGCAGCAGAAGAAGAACUACGGCGAAUGGAAACAACAGUAGAUGAGCCCACACAAGACAACAGGGACAAUUUCAUUCGGUAUUUGUUGCUUGGCGCUACAAAGCUGCUCGAUGACUCUUUUUUGCCAGACAAUGACACUAUCAUUAAAAUAAUCAAAUGCAGCUCUGGCAUCCUUUUUCUCUCAAUCAACAAAUGUGACAUCGAGGACAACCCAAACCCUACUUCUUUGUUUGAGGACGUCUUUGAGAUCUUUCGCAUAGUAUCGGAGCUGGUGGGUUUAAAAUACCAAAAGCAAGUUAUCUUCAGGCACCCAAAAGGCACCAUCUAUCAAAGCACUCACACACCUGAAGAUCUAGGCAAUGCUGUGUUGGGUUCAGAGCAAGAUGGUAUAUUCAUCAAACUCCCCUCAUUUUCAGCGCUUAAGGGUCAACUUGGACAAUACGACAGAAUCACCGUUCAGAUGGCUACAUUCUUAAGGAAUCCACAUCCAUCUGAUUCAGUCCAAAUCUCAGGAACUGUUUGCAGCCUUUUACUUAGUAAUAAAAAGUCGGAAAUAAAGCUGUCAAACCUGUCAGAUAUGAUAGAGAUCUUUAUAUCGCAUCCAAAUGCUUCAAGGCCAACAAACAGUACAAUUGUUUUGGAAAAAAACACAAAAGUACUUACCAAAAUCAACGUCACAGACCCUGAUGUGACUAUCUGCUUAACUGUGGAGCCCAAUGCCAAUGUGUCCUUGGUCCUGAGGUUGUCUGAAGGGUUACCUCCAAACGACACAUACUUCAGUAACACAACCAACUUGAGCCUAACAGGAGGCUAUCGCUGGAUGAUAACCCCAGAGAUGUAUAAUAAUUCUCUUGGAAUCUGGUAUAUUGAAUCAGAACUUGUUAAUUCCUCCUGGGAACAAGGUCUGGAACUAAGGAUCAACUCUUUUAUGGCCAAGUGUGUGUACUGGGACAUAAAGAAGGAGACAUGGAGCACUGAUGGUUGCAAGGUAGGGGACAAAAGCACUCCUGAGCAAACACAGUGUCUGUGUAACCACCUGACUCUCUUUGGGAGCUCCUUCUUUGUGAUGCCAAACUACAUCGACUUAUCUCGCACUGCACAGCUGUUUUCCACUGUGUCUGAGAACUUUGUGGUGCUGGCUCUGCUGUGCGCCUUCUUCGGUCUCUACCUGGUCACUCUGCUGUGGGCCUGCUAUGCUGACCGCAGGUCACGCUCUAAGAGGAAGAUGACUCUGCUGGAAGACAACCACCCCGGUGCUCAGUACAAUUAUCUGAUUGGUGUCCAAACUGGCCAUCGUAAGAAUGCUGGGACUACUGCCAAUGUGACAGUGAAGCUGACUGGCUCAGAUGGCGAGAGUGACACACACGUCCUCACAGACCCUGACAAGCCUGUGUUUGAGAGAGGAGCUGUCGAUAUGUUCAUGCUGGCAACACCCUUCCCUCUGGGCGAAGUGCGAAACCUCAGACUGCAGCACGACAACUCUGGGGGUCGUCCAUCAUGGUACAUAAACAAGGUAACCGUACAGGACCUCCAAACACGGCAGGUGUUUCACUUCUUUUGUCACUGCUGGCUGAGUGAUGACCAUGGGGACAACAUGACCAAGAAAACCUUCAAUGCUGCGAAGAACAACGAAGUUACCAGCUUCAGGAAUAUUUUCCAGACUAGAACCUCAACAGGCUUCAGGGAUGAACACAUCUGGGUGUCCGUCGUGGACCCUCCAUCACGUAGUCCGUUCACACGUGCCCAGAGGGUUUCCUGCUGUAUGAGCCUGCUCCUCUGCACCAUGGCCAUCAACAUCGCCUUCUGGAACAUCCCUAUAAAAGAGGAUUCGCCCAUUGUCUUCGAAUUUGGUUCCAUGCAAAUCACAUGGCAGGAGCUCAUGGUGGGGGUGCAGAGUGGUCUGCUCAUGUUUCCAAUCAACAUCCUCAUCAUCACCAUCUUUCGAAGCAUCAAGCCCCGCGUCAUUUCAAAAUCUCAAAAAGGAGACUCUGAGGAGAACUUCAGACCCCCCCCUAUUAACUUACCAUCUAUUCUGAAGGAAACAGAGGAAGUUAUUUCCAUGAUAAGCAUUAGUCCGAGGAACAUGAUGUCAGAGGUGCACAGGCUGGAGUCCACCUCUGACCUCCGCUACGCCCUGGACAUGGUUCAUGAUUUCAUCCAGCUUAUGCAAGGUGAGAGUGAGAGUGCCCCUCACUGGGUUUACUGCAGCAAGUUCCUCUUGGCUGGUCUCUGUCACCUGCUGAUGUGUCUGGAGAAACUGGAUGAAAGGAACUUCCCGAGUCCACAGGAAUACCAGCAGACCCUCAACAUCACCAACGUGCUGGUUCGCAAAGCCGAGAUGGUCUUCAGCAGCCACUUGGCCUACUGCCCACCUCCAGUAAAGAAGAGGAAGAAGACACCGACAUUUUGGCUGCCCUGGUGGUGUGUGUUCCUUGGCUGGUUCCUGUUGCUGUCCAUCAGUGGAAUAUCCACUUUCUUCACCCUGCUCUACGGCUUGGAAUAUGGCAAAGAUAAGUCCAUCAAGUGGGUCAUGUCUCUGGGUCUCUCCCUCUUCCAGAGCAUCUUUAUACUGCAGCCUCUCAAGGUGAUAGGAAUUGCUGUCUUUUUUGCCCUGCUGCUGAAACCUGUAGCUGUGGAGGAAUCUGAGGAAAUUGAGCAGUUGAAGUUAGAGCAACAAAUCAAGUGUGGUCGCUACUCUGGCAGACCCACCCUGUGAGGAGGCUGCAUAAAGCGAGAGAAGCUGUUUUCUUCUAUGGGCACAGCUGUGAUCCACGACACCCUGACUUCUUAAACACUCUUGCACUUUUUGGAAGUUUAUACUUUCUAGAUAAAAUAUUAAUCUUGGUGUUUUCUACGUGUACAGAGUUCCCAGUGCAUGAGGAAGUUUUCUGAAAGAGUGAGUCAGGGUAAAUGGGUAAAUAAAUAACUGUUGUUCUUGCAUUUUAUAGUGUUUAUUUUUAAAAUCUAGACAUCAUGAGCUCUUUAGGUUAUUGAAAAACUGUCUUCAACCAAGCAAUAAAGAAAACAUACUCAUCAAUAUUAUAAUAGAAAUCCACGCUAGAGUUAUUGAAUGUAUGUAGAGAUAUUCUAUACCAAAUGUUAUCUUACCCAAGUUCACCUGAGUAAAUUUGGGGUUUAGUAGAGCUGUUGAUUAGUAAAUUAUUUCUGUAAACGAUACUUCAUAGGCUUACCAUGGGGGGAAAAAAGGAAUCCUUUUCGUUUAAUGCAUGAAAUAAUAACAAUCCUUCCAAUAUUUAUUGUUAGCAUACAUCAUUCACUUUAAGUUACUUUGAAAAUAUGGACAUAUAGACAUAUUUAGAAUUAAGCAACUCCUAAAUGCUGUUAACUUGACUAGUCAUUGCCGUGUCGCGUGAGACCGCGCAUUAAGAUGGGUUUUUAUUAGAGUGAAAAGGUGCCUUUAUGUAAUAUGUGGGACAUAUGGAAACAGAUUAUUAAUUGAUUACUUUUUUCUUUCCACCUUCGUUUCACUGUAAUAUGUUCUGAAGGUGCAUGUCAGCAGCUCUCCUCAUACGCCGACUUUCUAUGUGAUUCAGUCUGUCCUCCAAACGAAUGAUUUUGUAGCAGAUCUAACUACAUCUAUUUACAUGACAUUUAUUAAUGUGACUGUGUAGGUAUUACAUGUGUGAAACUGAAUAAACUGAUGUAUAUCAUCUUUA